GCCGAAAGACCGCCUCGUAUCGUCUCGGCUGUGAUAUACGACCACCUAUCCAACGAGUCAGAGCCAAUCACUUCUCCCGCCCUUGCAUAUUCUGCCCUGUUUUCUUCUGGGCCUGAAUGGGGGCCCGGAGUGGAUGACAUGCCGUGGGGUCCCUCCUCCAUAUCGAACCUCCUCCACCACGCCCCGCCGUCCGAUCCGCGUCCAACCCCAUGUCUCCUUAUUACCGACCACCGACAGUACCUACAAGAAGACGGGGCCGGAGUCGUGCCCCAUCCAGGGUCGGCGCCGGCGGCCCCACCACAUCUCGGCGCCAUUCCCAGCGCCCUUGGCGCCUCCGACGCCACCCUGAGGCCGGCGGGAUCGAGUCCGCCAACAAACCUUCCUUCUCCCAACAACACUCCCAGCCAUACCGCCACACCGAGGCUCUACCAGUGUGCCCACUGCCAGAAGCGUUACUCACGUCCCGAGCACCUGGCCCGACAUAUCCAGACGCACACCCUCGGCAAGCGCUUCGUCUGCCAUGUCUGCACCAAGGCCUUCGCCCGCCAGGAUCUCCUGAAGCGGCAUGUAGCCAACCACGAAAACGACAAUGACCCGAACAAGAAGCGGCGCCUCAUCAGCUCGUCCCCGGGGUCGGCCCGCGUCUCCCAUGCCUGUCGAGCCUGUGCCGCGGCCCGGGUCAAGUGCGAGGAGCAGAAACCCUGCACCCGUUGUCGGAGCCGUGACCUCGAGUGCCAGUAUCUGUCGUCCGAAGUGGGCUCUGCUGCUGCUAUGCACCUCCUUCACCUUUCUACCAGCGCCCAUUCUACCCCGGCAUCGAUAGGCAGUCCUUCUCUGCAGACCAGUGCCUCCGAUGCAGCCUCCUCUGGGUCAUACUUCCCGACGGCCCCAUACAGCUACAGCACCCCUUCCACGUCGAAGCCCCAUGGCACCCAGUUUGCAUCAACAUCAAUGUCGACACACCCGGCGGCCAUUGUUUCGGAACAGGCCACACAGGCCACCCAGGCCACACAGGCCACCCAGGCCACACAGGCCACCCAGCUUCUCACCCCACGCCAUGAACAGGUACCCGGACAGGGAGUGUCCGAGUCUGCCGCGCAAGUCCAUUAUGGUGCUGUCGCCAACAGCCAAGGCGUUGACAUAUCUGGGGUAUCCUUCUCAGACUUCCUUCAGAACGUCAUCUACGAUCAGGACGAGGCCGCGUCUUCCAAAAUCCAAGUAACACAAGGCCUUGCCGUCUUGGAUGUCGGAGGCCGCGUAAACCUCGAUCUGAACGAAGGGGACUUUAGCCUCCUGGACUACUGGAACGCCGAUUUUCUCGGGGACGCGGCCGGGUCUCAGACGUUCACGCCGAAGACGGACGACUCGGUCGACCUCUCGCAGAUGCGGCAGAACCUGGUCAAGCUCUGGACCGACUCGCCGUGGCGGUGGCACCCUUCCGGCGUCGACUCGAGCUACCAGGAGCAGAGCAACCUGCCGGUAUCCGCGGGCGAAGCGGCGGGCGCGGUGUGCGAGAGCCGGAAGAAGCUGCGCAAGACGGUGCCGGACAGGCUGGAGCCGUCCGGACGAGACGGGGUGCUGGCGAUCGUGCUGAAGUCGUGCAGGUCCAACGAUGUGAUGGCGCGCGUGGCGUCGGCGUUCCCUUCGGUCGACCUCAUGGACAGCCUCAUCCACAUCUUCCUGGCGUCGCACUUUUGCCAGACUUCGCAGUGGAUCCACCAGGCUACGUUCCGGAUGAAGGCGCAGUGGCCCGACUGGCUGGCCAUGGCGGCCGCCUCGGGAGCGAUCCUGACGCCGGUGACGACGCUGCGGAAGUGGGGGUUCGCUGUGCAGGAGGCGGUUCGCAUGACGAUCCCCGAGAACUUUGAAAAGACCAACACGGCUAUCCAGGCGCUGGGCUUAGUUCAGUCGCUGGUACUCACGCAAGAUGUUGCUCUGUGGUCUGGCAUAAGGAGGAAGAUGGAAAUCGCCGAGUGCCAUCUGGGAAUUCCCGUCACGAUGAUGCGAUACCGGAACAAGUUUCAGCGAUCCGGAUACCCUUUGAUUGAUCUCGGCCCGUCAGACAAAGGGGCGGUGCUUGACCAGAGAUGGAGAGCUUGGUGCGAGCGCGAAUCGUGGAAAAGACUCGCCUUUCAUUGUUACAUCAGAGACGCCCAAAGCUCGAUAUGCACCCUUGUCAACCCAGGCAUGUCCUACGCGGAACUGACGUUGCCUUUACCUGAAUCGAAAGAGCUCUGGUUCGCGGAGACGGCGGACGAGUGGAGGAAAGAAACCCUGGAGAGGAAUGCCGGCGAGAGCAAAAGGCCCCCUUGCGUCGGCGACCUCUUCCGCGACAUUAAGAUACUGGCGACCAACCGACACCGCGUCGACGUCCAGUCCUCCGUGUCUAUCUACCUCCACGGUUUCUGGUCCCUGAUCAUGGAAUACCAACGGCUCUGUUCCGUGCUUCGGUCUCGUCUGUGGCUCCAAGGCGACGGGGCAGGCGGCGACCAGCUGCUUCGGUCACGGCACGCCGACCUCUGCAGACAGCUGGAGGAUUUCCAGGCGCUGACGUCGGACUGGGAGGAGAUCUUGCCACAGGAGAGGCUCAUGCUGCACCUGCUCCUCAUGAACCUGCACCUCUCGCUGGACGACCUGCAGCUGUUCUCGGGCAAGGAAGGGGAGCAGCAGGCGCGGCGGGUGCUGGGGAACCUGCGGGUGUGGGUGCACAGCGUGGCGGGGCGGCAGGCGCUGUGGCACGCCGGGCAGGUGCUGCGGUACGCGAAGCUGUUCCCGUCGGGCCACCUGAAGGAUUUUUACGCGGUGGCGGUGCACCACGCGGCGCUUGCCUUCUGGACGUUCGGCGUGGUGACUAGGGCUUCGGGCAUGCCUCCUGGGCCGGCGGCGAUGAUGGCGGCGGCGGUUGCCGGAGGUCAGCAUGGGCGGGAUGGACUCGUCCACUUGGACGGGAUGGUGUCCGGGCCGGUGAACCACUACAUCGGCUUCGGGCAGGGCAGGCCGGUGAUACAGGGACCUGCGACGGGCAAGACCGAGAGCAGGGCGGAGACAACGACGCAGGCAGAUGUAGAGGACCCGAGGGGCUGUAUGGAAAUCGCGCAGCAGGUCUUGCGGGCCAAUUUUGGAGACGGAAAGGUGGUUCUGCCGCCCAUCGUGGAGAAUAUGUGCCAACUGCUGAAGCAACUGGGGGAUGCGGCCUGGGCCGUAGGGUUAGGAUGAGAGGGGAGGAGUUUUAAGGGUAUCCAAGGGUGUUUGUGGAGUUUCGGAGGGAGGAAGCGGGUGACAUAAUAUAUUUAGCACCGUCGGCGCUGGGUCUCUCUUUGCUUCUUCAUAUUAUUGCUAUUUGCUUCUAUGCUAUAUUAAUGGUCGAGAGCAUAGCCACUGAUGAUACGGUAUGAUCAUUAUGGAGAGAUUCUUGUUCUAAAUUUUUCUUCUUUUUUUCCUUUCUUCUUCUUUUUUUCCGUUAUUCCCUCCUGCUUCGACUCAUAGUUACAUGGCACACUGCCGUUUUGGUUCGGGAUUUCCAAAUGAACCAACACCCCGUUGUCUUGUCGUGACACCAUACAUAAGGGACCUUACACUACAUUGCGAGUCAGCCUAGCGCUCAUGGUCUUUAGGGUAAGGUUACGUAAGGUACUGGAACUCGCUUCAGGAACAACUUUCCGGAUCGGGCACGUGGGGGCAUUGGUGGGGGCGUUGGUGGGGGCGUUGC